CCAGGUUCGGAGAAGAUGGCGAAGGUCUCAGAGCUUUACGAUGUCACUUGGGAAGAAAUGCGAGAUAAAAUGAGAAAAUGGAGAGAAGAAAACUCACGAAACAGUGAGCAAAUUGUGGAAGUUGGAGAGGAAUUAAUUAAUGAAUAUGCUUCUAAGCUUGGGGAUGAUAUUUGGAUCAUAUAUGAGCAAGUGAUGAUUGCAGCUCUAGAUUAUGGUCGAGAUGACUUGGCAUUGUUUUGUCUUCAGGAGUUGAGAAGACAGUUCCCUGGCAGUCACAGAGUCAAGAGACUAACUGGCAUGAGAUUUGAAGCCAUGGAAAGAUAUGAUGAUGCUAUACAACUAUAUGAUAGAAUUUUACAAGAAGAUCCAACUAACACUGCUGCAAGAAAGCGUAAGAUUGCCAUUCGAAAAGCCCAGGGGAAAAAUGUGGAGGCCAUUCGGGAACUGAAUGAGUAUCUGGAACAAUUUGUUGGGGACCAAGAAGCCUGGCAUGAACUUGCAGAACUUUAUAUCAAUGAGCAUGACUAUGCUAAAGCAGCCUUUUGUUUAGAGGAGCUAAUGAUGACUAAUCCACACAACCACUUAUACUGUCAGCAGUAUGCUGAAGUUAAAUAUACCCAAGGUGGACUUGAAAACCUCGAACUUUCAAGAAAGUAUUUUGCACAGGCACUGAAACUGAACAACAGAAAUAUGAGAGCUUUGUUUGGGCUUUACAUGUCGGCGAGUCAUAUUGCUUCUAAUCCAAAAGCAAGUGCAAAAACAAAAAAGGACAACAUGAAAUAUGCUAGUUGGGCAGCUAGUCAAAUAAACAGAGCUUAUCAGUUUGCAGGUCGAAGUAAGAAGGAAACCAAAUACUCUCUUAAGGCAGUCGAAGACAUGUUGGAAACACUGCAGAUCACCCAGUCUUAAGUAUGCAAAACGUACUUUGGACAUGCUGGAAAUGCUGUUUCAGAAUAUAAUGAUUUAAAGUUAAGUAGAUGAGUACAUACAACAAAAAAAGUAGUAUCUUUUUGCAACUUAGCAUACACUACUUAAGUCCACCUUAACCAUAGGAUAAUAUUGACUUGGGAACAGAGGAGGAUAUAGAAAAGAUAGAAAUGGAAGGCCUGUGCUUCAGUAUGCUGGGAAUAUUUAAUUUUUAUUGGUUAAUAUUUCAUAUAAUCCUUUUUUUCUGAUGCCAUAAUCCAUUUAUUCUCAAAGUAACUUUAUUUUACUUUAUUUUAUAGAACUGUAGGACUUUAGAAGAGACUUCAAAGAUGAAUUAGUUAUAUUCCAUUUUAGGAUGAGGAAUCAAGGUUUUGAGAAAUUAAGUUCUUCUGUGACAGAGCAGGACCAGGAUGUCAGGUGUUCCCAAGUCAGUGUUCUUUCUAGUAUACUCUGAAGCAUAUGUUUGUUCUGUGAUAUGUUCUUCCUAUUUUAACAUGAGAAAAAGAAGACACAGAUAUAUACAAGAGUCAUUGCUUGUUAGCAGAGCAAGGGUUAGAAUUCAGAUUUUCUGAUUUGUGAAACAAUUAGUGGAAUAAUAAAUUCAUUUCUUUUUAAAGUCACAAUUUCAUUUUGAAUUAAACUGAACUUAAACUAACUUUCCCUUUUAAGCUAUUACGUCCUGUAGUUAUUGUGAGAACUAUUUCAGACUAUUUAGAACUACUUUGAACCUUUUUCACUUUAAACCUCUGAUGUAUCCUAUCUCCCUUCUCAUUCUUUUUUUUUUUUUUUUAAAGAUUUUAUUUAUUUAUUUGUCAGAGAGAGAGCGAGCGAGAGCGAGCACAGGCAGACAAAGUGGAAGGCAGAGUCAGAGGGAGAAGCAGGCUCCCCGCGGAGCAAGGAGCCUGAUGUGGGACUCCAUCCCAGGACGCUGGGAUCAUGACCUGAGCCGAAGGCAGUUGCUUAACCAACUGAGCCACCCAGGCGUCUCCUCCCUUCUCAUUCUUGACAAGUAACUUCUUAUUAUAGACUGAAUUGUGUCCCCCCCAGUAUUCAUAUAUUGAAGUCCUAACGCCACUACCUCUGAAUGUGAUUUUAUUUGGAGUUAGAGGCCUUUAAAGUGAUAAUGAAGGUAAGAUUAGGUCAUAUGAGUGGGCCGUAAUCCAGUAUGAUUAGUAUCCUUUUAAGAAAAGAUUAGGACACAGACAACAGAGGAAAACCAUGGGAAGACAAAGAGAAGAUGCCUAUCUACAAGCCAAGGAGUGAUUCCACAGAAGAAACCAACCCUCCAGACACCUUGAUCUUGGACUUCUGGCCUUUAGAACUGUGAUGAAAUAAAUUUGUUUUUUAAGACA